AUGCGAGUCGUAAUGGCGAUGCUCUUGCUGGUCCUACAGCCGAGAGCGAAGGCCAUGCAUAUGGCUAUCAGCUGCACAAGUACUGCGGAAUGUAGCGAUGGUGAGACAUGUGUGGCUGGCGACUCGAUGACACCCAUCCAGUACUGCGUGGCGGGUACGGCGUGUGGCGGGUCGACGUUUGGGAGCUGUCCAUCGGACACGAUUAGUGGUCAAUUGGCCUGCAUUAAACAUUUAAACAUUUACAAAUGUCUUUCUAUUGACCGAUGUGACGAGUACUUUGGAAAUUCCUUAUGCAGUGGUGAUUGCAAUGUAGACGGCGUACAGUGCAAUGGGAAGGGGUUGUGCUCUCUCAUGUCGACGAGCUCGGAGGGGGCACCGAGUUUUGGCUGUACAUGUAAUGACGGGUUUAGUGGCGACAAGUGCGAGACUGAGUCCAAUUUGGGCUCCAAAAUUCCGUCAAGCUCUGCAUUCCAGGCUUCUUCUAGCACGGACAGCUCCUUUUCUGAGGCCUCGCCUACUAGCUCUUCAUUGGAUUUUACAUCCUCACCGACGGAUAUGAGUACUUUGGACUCUAGCAGCACGACCAGCUCGACAUCAGGGUCUACGAGUAAAGCUAGCAACAUCUCGACGUCGCCCACUGCUGCAUCGAUUGAAAGUGACAACGGCUCAACAACGCAGGAGACAUCGCAGUCAGGCAGCAGCGGGCCGCCAGUGGCCGACUCAGAUUCGGGUGGCACUAGCUCAGCAGUGUUUAUUAUUAUCGGCAUACUAGCGGCCAUAAUCAUCGUCGGCGCACUCAUGUUCGCCAUGUAUUCAAGGAAAAAGAAGCGCGAACAGGAAGCAGAAGCAGGUGGAUUCGGGGAACCUGGAGCGAUUGCUGCGGGCGGGAGCGAAACUUUUAGGGGCACAGGACCUGAUACACCAAAGAGCAGAAUUGUCAUCAUGUAG